AUGAACUCCACUCCCGACACUUGCUUCCGCAACCUCUUUUGGAUUUCUUUAGCGAACCAUAUGAACGAACUUUCGUUGCCUCCACACCUCCCUUCCCUUCUCACCUCCCAAUUCCCUCGCUGGUGGUUCGUCCACUGGCAGGUUUCUCUCUACAAAGCGCAGCAGGGUCACUUCGAGGAGGCGCUCAGCGCGCUGCAGCCCUAUCUCGCCAGUCCCGAGUGCUGCGAGCUGCAAGCCAGUCUUCUAUUCACACAGAAACGCACAGAGGAACUAGUUUGUCUCUCUCACACCACAAAGCGGCUCCACCCCUCUUCUCUCGCCGCCUGCUUCGUCGCCGCCACUUCGCUCCACUUGCAGGGACUUUUCCAGCAGGCCGCGGAGCUUUACCAGCACGUUGUUCGGCAAAACCCGCAUCAUUCGCUCGCUUGGGGCCUUCUCGGCCAGCUCUUUCUGGAGCAUGGCCGAUCUUCGCAAGCGAUCCACGCGCUGCUGAACGCGCUGCGAUGCAAUCCGCGCGAUUUUCAGUCGCUUUAUCAUCUCGGAUUGCUCCACGAACUGCUUCACGCGCCCACCAUCGCGCGCCAUUACUACCAGCAGGCGAUUCGGCUGCGGCCGUACGACGCACAGCUGCGAUCUGCGAUGGGCGAAGCCGCGUUGGCGUGCGACGACAUGCAAUGUGCGGUGGAAUGCUUCUUGCUGGCAGAAACGCUGGGGGACACGGAGGGAGGGAGCAGUCGCAGGCUGGGUCAGCUGUACCGGAAGAUGGGAGACUUGGAGAAAGCGGCGUAUUUCGACCGGAGAUACUUGCAGAAGAAGAAGUUCGUGAUUAGCGAUGAUGAUACGUACUUGCCUGCGAUUGCGCUAUGCAAGUAUUACAAAGAAAGGAAGCAGUUCAGAGAGUUUCGUAGAAUCUGCGAUGCGCUGCUGGCGGCGAACGACGAGGUGGGAGGUGAUUGGCGCGAGUGUGAGAAAUAG